AUGUCUAGCGACAACUCUGAGAUCCCUCCAGCUGGGGGCGCGAGUCUUGCGCCAGUACCCGCCCCAAGUCCAGCCUCCCUUCCCCAGAAGCGCGCUCUCGACGACGACCACGUACCGGCUGUAUCCUCACCCCUCAACCCGGACUUCACCUCGAGGAAAUCUCAGGUUCCAGAAGAGACCCCAAUCGUUUCACGGGAGAAGCGCACCAAAAAGGAGUCGCUUAAAAAGCGGGAGUCCAAGGCUGCAAGCACUCCUGGCGGUGCCGACAGCUCCAGAGCAACUCCGGAUCCACGACAGACGAAGAAGAGUCGGAUCAACCUUCCAGCUGCAGAGAUAUCGCCAGCACGUUACAUACUUCCUCUUCCCAAGGCAACCGACUUCGAGCCUGCCCGUGGCCCACAACUUGCGCCCCAUCACGAUGUGGCCGCCCCCAACGGCGAGAACAUCGAGUUCUUCGAGACGCAGGAGCAUGUAUACAACAAGAAGCAGUACUACUACACCCACUGCAUCGCAGAUCCCAAGUUCCCCUCCUCCUUUUACUACAGGCAGACAGAGCCAGAACCUUUCGGCGCUCACAUGAGCUUCGAGGAUGCCGCGACGCACCUGCUCUUCGACAAGUCCGGAACGCACAUCACGACUAACAAAGGAUGGAGAAUGUCUCGAGCGAAUAUCGCGAUUAGAGAGGGCCGCUGGUACUGGGAGUGCAAGAUCACAAGAGGCAUACUGAGGGAGCCACCGCCACCAGGCUCCGACCAACCAGAGUCGCACGGCCAUGUCCGAAUAGGUUUCGCGCGGAGAGAAGCCGCGGUGGAUGCACCAGCGGGCUUUGAUGCCUACAGCUACGGAAUCCGAGAUCGAGAGGGGCAGAAGGUGCACAUGUCAAGGCCGAAGGAUUUCUUCCCGCCCGGCGAAGAGCUCCGCGAGGGCGAUGUGCUCGGGCUCGAGAUCAAUCUGCCCUCUGAACAGAUACAUCGGAAAGUUGUGACGGGCCAUUUCAACCCUGCUGUUGAUCUACUGGAAGAGGCAGACCACUCAACGACGGAAGCACUUAACAUAGUCCGGGACCGGCUGCCGAUCCGAUUCAAAGCCCACAUCUAUUUCGAGACACCUGAUUACCACACCUCACCCGAGCUUGAGGACCUGAUGAAUCCAUCACCGAUGUCUACAUCUGGAACGGGUGCAGGCCAGUCGGAAGGCCCCAACCCCACCCACCCAGUCCCUUGCCUACGUACGUUGCCGAACUCCUGGAUCAAGGCGUACAAGAACGGUGUCGAGAUGGGCACCGCAUUUACCAAUCUUCUGGCAUUCUUGCCGCAAGCCUCCAAGCCAGCCACGGCUAAGCAACCUGACGCGCGAGACGGCCUUGAUGAUGGCAUGCUCGGGUACUACCCCGCCGUGAGUGUUUUCCGCGGCGGUGCUGCAGCGGUAAACUUUGGCCCAAAGUUCUGGUACCCACCACCGGGCUAUGAGCACGACCAAGACAACGGAGUCGACGUGGUCAUGACGGGUACGGAUGAGCAGCCGACCAUCACAGCGAAGCAAGAGCCUCCUCGAGCGAUGGCAGAGCGCUACGAGGAGCAGAUCGUCGAGGACAUCGUGUACGAUAUUGUAGAUGAGGUCGACUUCUGGAUGCAAGAUGGUGCAAAGGUCAUCGACCGGACACGGCGUAAUCAGGCGGUCAAGGAGUUCAAGGAGGUCGUUCAAGACGUGUAA